AUGUUAAGAAAGGAGUUGGAAAGUAAACAAUCUGAAAUUGAUCUUAAUCCUUUUGAUUGUAAGAUUAGGGAGGAGCAUACUAAUAUUCUUUUUGAUUUUAAUGUUGCUUGUAAUGAUGAAGAAAAGCUUCUUUUCCAGAGAUCUAAGAUAAAUUGGUUACAGGAAGGGGACAAUAAUACAAAGUUUUUUCAUAGAGUUGUGAAGAGCAGGGGCAAUAGAAAUCGUAUUCUGAUGGUUAUUGAUGAAGAUGGAAGAUGGGUUAGUGGGAAGGCUAUGAAGGAUAAAUUUGUUACUCAUUUCAAUAAGUUUUUGGGUUGUAAAGAUGUUACUGAGUUUUCGUGUUUAAAUGAUGGUUUCUUUCAUAAUAAAUUGGAUAGUAGGGUGGCUGCUAAUAUGAUUAGAGUGGUGACUAAUGAAGAAAUCAAAGUAGCGAUGUUUGAUAUUGAUGAAAAUCGUGCCCCUGGACCUGAUGGGUACUCCUCCAAAUUUUUUAAAAGGUCUUGGAUCAUUGUUGGGCUGGAGGUGUGUAAAGCUGUGAGGGAAUUUUUUUUGGACUGUAAGAUUAUAGUGAACAGAAUUAGAAAUAGUUUGGGUGAUAUUGUGAGCAAAAAUCAAUCAGCUUUCAUUCCUGGAAGAUCUAUUGUGGAUAAUAUUCUCCUUGCUCAGGAGCUGAUGGUGGGGUAUAAAAAUAAGAGGGGAGUUCCCAAAUGCACCAUAAAGAUUGAUAUUCAAAAGGCAUAUGAUACGGUGGAUUGGAAUUUUCUUAGUAGAAUUCUGCAGGGGUUUGGUUUUCAUACGAUAAUGAUUCAGUGGAUUAUGGCUUGUGUUUCUACUCCUUGGUUCAUGCUUAACUUUAAUGGUGAAGAUCAUGGGGUUGAAGGUGAGCAUGGAAAAAACCAGAUUUUCUUCAGUUGUGUUAAACCCAAUAUGAGAAGGAUUAUCUUGGGCAUUCUUCCUUUUGAUAUUGGGAGAUUUCCUUUUAAGUAUUUGGGAAUUCCUAUGUGUGUUACAAAUUAUUUGAUAGAGAUUGUAAACAGCUUAUUAAAGAAGAUUAAGAUGAGAAUUUUCAAUUGGAAAAGCAAGGCUUUAUCGUUUGCUGGAAGGCUGCAGCUCAUUAAUUCUGUUUUGACAUCUAUUCAUGUGUAUUCGGCUUCGAUUUUUAAAAUUCCCAUUGCUACUAUUAAAGAGAUUGAAAAGCUUUGUAAAAGUUUCUUGUGGGCGAAUGGUGAGGUAGUCAAAGGGAAAGCUAAAGUCAAGUGGAAUGAUAUUUGUAAGCCGAAAAUUUAUGGUGGUUUAGGAGUGAAGAAUUUAAGGAAAUGGAAUGAUGCUUUGUUAGCUAAACAUGUGUGGAAUGUGAUUAAUAGCAAAAAUUCUCUGUGGGUUCAGUGGGUGAAAUCCAAUUACAUUGGAAACAGGAAUUUUUGGGAUAUUUUGCAGAAGAAGAGUAUGAGCUGGACUUGGAAGAGGUUCCUUGAGGUGAGAAAAAUUGUUAGGCCCCAUGUUGUUUCGUGUGUGGGAAACGGGAUGAAUACUUCUCUCUGGCAUGAUUGGUGGCACCCAAUUGUCUAUGAUUGCUAUACUUGGCCGGUUGAGUGGGUUAAUAUAUUCCCUGGAUUGAAGGAUGCUCCCAUGUUUUGUAUUGAGCCUAAUCUGAGGGAUGUUGCAGGUUGGAGAGAUAAGAAAGGAAUAUGUAAACAAUUUUCAUGCAAACAGGUGUGGUGCGAUAUAAAUAAUUUUGGAGACCAAGUUCCUUGGCAUGAUAUUGUUUGGUAUGGUAAUUGCAUUCGUCGAAAUUCGUUUAUUUUGUGGAUGGCUAUUUUGAAUAGAUUGAAGACCCAGGAUCGUGUCAGAGGUUGGGAAGUUUCUGGUAACUUACUUUGUCCUUUUUGUGCUGUUACUCCUGAUUCACAUGUUCAUCUCUUCUUUAAAUGUGAUUAUUCUCAACUUAUUUGGAGUUUGUUGGUUGGUGGCUAUUGGUUUUGGGGUUGGCAUAGAAGGAUGUUUAACUUUGGUGAUCUUAAUGCUGUGGAUUGGUGGGGGCAUUUUUGGAAUAAGUUUCUUUACAAAGGAAUUGACGAAUUGUGUUACUGGUUUGAGAGUUUGCUCUCAAAUCAUGUGACUUGUACCUAUGGGAUAUUCUAUUUGGAUAUGAUCUUUAUUGAGAUUAUCCAAAUGGAGAAUCCUAGACAUGUGAUUGAUGCCAUGUCUAGUAUGAAACUUGUUCUCAUUUCUUGGAGCUUUGCUGUUAGUUUGUUGUGGUUUGGCUUGUGCUUGAUAUGCAGGAAUUUUUUGCAAAGGUUGGGUUUGGAUCAUGUUUGCAAGCAGAUGUAG